UUACAAUGGUUGAAAAAGAAAUUAUCAACAUCUCGAUUAAAUUGUUUUGGGAUGACAAUUCAUCAGCAAUAUUCAAUGGUCCUUUAGAAUUUACAAUUAUCUUAAACCAUGGUUGUACAACAAUCAAGAACCUGGACGUACCAAGCACUGUUCUUUUAAACGGAAAAAGUUACCAAAGGAUAACAGAUGAACCUAUUCGUAGCGAUAUUCAUGAUUUGCUUAAUAAUAUUUCCUUAGAAGAAAAUUCUUGUCCAGAAGCUAUGGCACAAACGAAUUAUGUUGAAUACACAGAGAAAAACCAGAUAUCAUCACAAGAAAAAUCUGCAAUGUCUCUAGACCAAUAUAAUGAACAAAUCGAUUCUCAAGAUAAUCAG